AUGCCGCCGCGCUCAACAAUCGAUCCCACAAGGGACAGACUAAACGUCCUCCUUGACGAUGGCAGCGGCCUCCUCAAAGUGGGAUGUCGACAUGUGCUGGCCGGCGCCUCAGUCAAUAAGGCACCGAUCGACAUCAUAGAGCUGAACGACGCAAGAGAAAAGAGUCUGGAGCAAACAGUAAUAUGGGAUGAGGGUACGGACGUUAUGUUAUAUGGGAAUUUUGAGGUCAACGAGUGGCUCAGCUCCCAUCCACAGGACAAGCACAGGGUGAUCAGUGGCUGGAAGCUGGGCGUUUGCGACUCUCACAAGAGUUCGCAUCAAGCGAGGCUGUACUGGAAGAACGCCGAAUUCGCCGACAACGACUCCCGUUACUUUUCCAAAAUCGCCUGCCUGACAAAUCUUUACACGAGGCGGUACAAAGAGAUGUACAGACGCAUUCUGAGGUACUACAGGGAGUCUAGUCCAAAGGGCAUUGUUCUGGAGUCGGACUACUGGGAGAACAUCCAAAUCGAAGCUCAGGUCACAGUGCCAGCUAUAUGGGGCACGGAAGCACGCGUAAUGGUCAGAAAUGCGGCUGCCAACGCUGGCUUUCGCAACGUGAGGCUCCGCUUUGAGCCACACUGUUGUGCUGCUCAGGAGAUGGGGCUUCUGAUGGAGGGCCAAGACGGUACCGCUACCAUUGCGUGGUAUGACAUUGGCCACGCAACCAACGAUUGGUCGGCUGUCCGUAUACGGCCGGCCGAGACCGAAGGCCAGCGAACAAUGGAAAUCGUGGGCACUCCGAGCGGUGGUCUCCUUGGAUCACACGUUGUGCACGAGCUUGCUUGGGAGCAUUUGCUGAAGUCGACCAGACUUGCCAGACAUGGCGGCCUAGAAGAAGUUCUAGCUCGUUUGGGAAAUCUGUCUGAAGUCGACUUUACCCGACAAUAUCAGAAGAAGAUCGAAGAGGAGAAGAAAAGAGCGACACUCGAGCGCUUCACUGUUACAGUGUACGGUACGGAGACUUGGCAGGAUCGGGAGGACGGUAUUGAGCGCUUUGACGUGGAGAUCUACCCAAAGCAAAUGCGGUCAUGGCUGGAAACAUGGACGUUGAGGCUCCAAGAAGAUCUUGAAGGCUACUUGCGCGACGAAGCACUGCAGAACGAGCCUCUAAAUGGUAUUGUCGUUACCGGAGGGGGAAGUUUCAACCGCAUUGUCAUGGCUGGCUUGACUGCUACUGCCAAAGCACAAGGACUGAGGCUGGGGAAGGGCCAAGAGCCUUUCCCCGUGGCUUGUGGAGGACUUCGCCAGUACCUGGAGAACGAGCCUGACUCUGCGCCGGAAGGGACUUUUUACGUCGUUCGUGAUGUGGCAUUCGAUUGGAGGAUUCAUGACGAUGCCAUCCAAGAGUGGAAAUACGACAGUUCCACGAGACGAAAGGUAGCAAUUCUACACCCUGCAAUCUGCUCCGACGGUCCUCCUGAUGACGCUUACCCGGGAGACACUUACUCAGUAGUCGUCGACAGGCUCGCACCUCUUUCUAAGGCCUUGCCAUCUGGGGAGAUCCACUAUCCACAUGUUCCUAUGACGUUCACCGUGGACGUCGACGAGGAAACUCUGCUGCACUUCCCAAUCUACUGCAGUAAGAGUUCUUGCGAAGAUGGAGAUCCCUUGCGACAGACAGACGGAAGUCUUAGACCGGGCUUUCAACAGUUCCAGUGCCGGAUAGCGGAGAUCGGCAUUGACUGGGACAUUUGGGGAGACCAUGCCAAAGUUAUUGACGGAAGAAGAUUGCUGAAAAUUCAAGCUUUGCUCCAGCUUCAGGCCGGCGACGAGAAUUGGUCGCUUGAAGUAACUCUUCUGGAGCCGGGAGAGGUAAUUCAAUUCAUCGACCGUCCACAGAACGAUGGAUACGAUCAGGCAUCAGGCAGUAAAAAGAGGAAGUGGACCGCGAAGAGACCAUCCCAUCUCCGAUCUUGCAAUCCUGAUGCUAAGUACAGAAUACUGCACAAAUUAUCCCUCGAGCUCUGGAACAAGCAUCGCACUCACAUAAUCGGCGACGAUAAGCGCAAAGCUGAGCCAUUGAUGGAAGCAAAGAAGCCAGAAAUAGAGUCGCGAGGAAAGCCUGCGGAUAAGAAGAAAGGCACUGCAAAGCGCGCUAGCAAGAGUGGCGGAAGUGAGAUGACCCACGAAACACAAUCGAAGAGUCUCGCAAACAGCGGAGAGUCCCGAUCAAGAACAGCGCACACCAAGAACUCCGUCGAGCCACAAGGCGACCGCCUGCGCCCACCGCCUGCAGCACCUGAUAUCCAUUCGCAAGCCGAAGAGGGGGCGAGAAACGGAGGACGUUUACCAUCUGUUCGAAGACAUAGGAGAGGUGAAAACGGCGAUACAACCCUGUCCGAGGAACGACAGAUGCAGGCUUUGUUAUCCGAGGUACGCGACCAGGACAUGAUUGACUGGACAUCGAAUUUCGCUGACGAGAUCUUGGCGGCAGAUGGGUGA